AUGAAGUCCUUCUUUCACCAUCUCAUCCUUCAGAGGACCUACAACCGCUUAGAAAUAGAAAUGACCACCAGAUCAUUUUCGGUUCCUGAAAUCAAAAUUUUUGCUCGAACCAUUUGGUGGUCAGCUGCCUACCCAACACAGCAAGGAUAUGCAGCAGCAGCGGCAUAUCCAACACAAGGUUACCAGCCAGGUGGUGGUUACACCAACUACGGUCACCAACCGUAUUAUCCUCCACCUCCACCUCCACCUCCACCUGCAGUUUCAAACAACAAUCAAACAGUCAUUAUUACGCAGAAUGCGCAAGAUGUGGUGACAGUAGAAAUGGCGAAUUACAUAUGCUUAUCUAUUUUUGCGAUUUUCCUGUUCCUACCGACUGGAAUUGUGGCUUUCCUCAAAGCACACGAAGCACAAAAUCAAUACCGAAUGGGGAAUAUCAACAGCGCAGAGGCGUUUAACUUAGAAGCCAGAAAAUUCAUCAGAAUUAGUGCGGUGAUACCAUGCAAAUAUAUAUAUCUAUCUAUCUAUCUAUCUAUCUAUCUAUCUAUCUAUCUAAUCUAA